GGUGCCCGCUGCCCAAGAAUGGGAAUUCUCUUCACCAGGAUCUGGAGACUGUUCAAUCACCAGGAGCACAACGUUAUCAUGGUUGGGUUGGAUAAUGCAGGGAAAACUACUAUCCUUUACCAUUUUUCAAUGAACGAAGUUGUCCAUACAUAUCCUACAAUCAGAAGUAAUGUAGCAGAGAUAGUGAUUAAUAAUACACGUUUCCUAAUGUGGGAUAUUGGUGGCCAAGAAUCUCUUCGUUCUUCUUGGAACACUUACUAUACUAACACAGCGUUUGUAAUAAUUGUUGUGGACAGUACAGACAGAGAAAGGAUUUCUGUAACUAGAGAAGAACUCUACAAAAUGUUAGCACAUGAGGACCUAAGGAAAGCUGGAUUGCUGAUUUUUGCUAACAAACAAGAUGUCAAAGAGUGCAUGACUGUAGCAGAAAUCUUCCAGUUUUUGAAGCUAAUGUCUAUGAAAGAUCACCAGUGGCAUAUCCAGGCAUGCUGUGCUCUUACUGGCGAAGGUUCAUGCCAAGGACUUGGAUGGAUGGUGUCACGACUUAAGAUCAGAUGA